UUUUUGUAACAGUAGAUCUGAAGAUCAGAUGCUAAGGGCGGAAGCUGUAGACAGUGGGGGAAUACGCGUGUGAAGUGGAAGCAAAUGUGGUAGAUGUUUGAACUCCUGGAGCAGUUGUUGGGGGGUGUGGGCUGUGUGUCCUGCCCCCUUACCCUUAAUUCAGGCUGUUGAUCUCUAGCUGUCCUCCACCCAGGUUUUUUAAGCACACUUGUGUAUGUGUGUUGGGGGGGAGAUAAGGCAAAAUGACAGCUGUUCGAGACCAUGAUUUUUCACUCCAUUAUCCUGCUCCCCACUUCCACCCCCUUGCCCCGGAGCAUUUUUUAGAUUCCCCUUUGGAGCCUGUUGCUUAAUCAGCUAGAAGGGCUGCUGCCUCAUUGUGUGAGAAACCCUUCUUAACCUGUCUCCUGCCUGUCCCAGAAGGGUGGAACCAAGUUUAGGCUUGGAACUGUGGUGUUGCAGAGCAGUAGCUGCUGUGCCUUGGUGUGGAGGUGACCCUUCUGGGGCUGUUGCCUGGCCUCUGCAGCUUGCUUGGCUGUGCUUGCCUCGGCUGGGAGUUGGAUUCGAGUGGAAGUGCUCAGGGUUCACAGGCCUGGGCAAACAUGGCCAUGAAGGAAGGAGGUUUGAGAGCUGUCUUCCUGACAGUGGUGUGACGGGUUCCUGGGGACACAGACCUUUGAUCGUUUAUUGGAGUAGGAGUGUAAGCAAGUCAGAUGUAUGUUAAUGUGGUUAUACAGAACAGCAGGCAGCGGAUGAAAAUCAUGUCUGUUUGCUGCGCCCUCACCCAGGUACGCCUGACUUCUGGUUCAGUUCCCAAGGCUCUGCCUACAUUCCUUGUAGUAAGAAAGUCAGAAAUAGCCACAGGGUUUUGUAGACUUUAGACACACAGGAACCCACAUGCAUAAGUAAAUACUAGGUGAGGGGACUCCACCUCCAAGUGUUUUGUGUGUGGUUUCUGGUGACUGGAGCUCUGCUUUCAGGGUUCGAAAUGUCCCCUGAAUGCCUUGAUAGGAUUAUUUCCCUGUAUGUCUCCAUAGCCCUUCCAUUCCUCUUCCUGUAAUCCCAUCUCCUGGGGCAAGAGAAGUAGCUGUAGGUUUAUAGUAUGCCCAGAAUGCUGUAGCUGGAAUUAUUUUUUUUUGUGCUUGUGUCUCACAAGGCCAUUCCUCCCUCCUUUCCCUCAGUGAUGCUUCCUUUCCAGCAGGCUCCAGCAAGGGAAAGUUCCUCUCACCUACUUGUGAAAACAUGAAUCAUUCCUCACCUUUCCUGUCCUCAACAGGCUCUGUGCCUGCAUUUUAUACGCUAAUAAUGUGGCAUUGCAUAAAUUAGGAGUGUGGCAAAUCGCUCUAAAAGAAGACAUGUUGGCUGUCUUGGAAAGAGCUGUGGUUCCUAGAAUAAGUUGGUGGCCAUGGAAGGGGCAAGGAACAAGGAAAAGGGGGCUGUUAACAGGGGAACUACUGGAACUGUAUUUGGCCCAAAGUGUUUGCAGCAGAAAUUGAGGUUGGCAGGGAGAACAAGCUCUGUGGCUGUGGUCCUUCUACCUGGUUGGUUUUCUGUGGAAGGUGAGUAGGCUAAGCCUGGGCAUGUUGAUGGGGUAUAGCAGGUCAAAUGGUUAGCUAAUCACCUCGGGUAAAGGGCUGAGGAAAGAAAGGCCUGAGCUGCUAAAAAGAAACAGCUGGCACACCUAGGUAGGCAACAGAGACAGAGAGGCUCAGGUAGACCAAAGGAGACUGAUCCCAUCAGCAGAAGCGUGUGGAGAUAAGCAAGCGGUGGUCCUAGUCAGUGCGCGCCUCACAAGGUUCAGUUCGGCUCAGAGAUGUCUCCUACCUGUGCCAACCACACCUAGGGGUGAUGGAAUUGCCUUGCUCCUUGCAGUCUGUUUGUCUCUCCAGCUUUUGGGUCCUAUACUUCACUGUCACUGAGGUGCUGGUCUUGGGCUGAGCCAGACAGUGCUCCUUUUCAUAGGGUUUACGAUGCCUGUCCGUUCUGGUGCCUCACGUGGUUAUCACUGCCCAGGUGCCAGGUCCUGUAGGUUACAAGGAGCAGUACCAUCUCUCUUCAUGGCAGUGUGAAGUGCUCACCCACUGAAACCUCCUUAGGAGGAAUUUCCUCCCCCCUGCCCAGUCUCUGGACAAAAUGGUGGGGAGGAGGUUCAGUCCUUUUUCAUUCCCAUAAUGAAAAUGUGGAAAACAUUCUCGAAAGGGUUGUGUUCCUGCAGUGUUUCUAGCUCACGCUGUCCCUGGACAUCCAGGAGAUAGGGAGAGGGGAUAGAGGCUGUGUAGAAAGCACAACUGAACCAUGGAGCUUCGAGUGGGGAACAAAUACCGACUGGGCAGAAAGAUUGGCAGCGGUUCGUUUGGAGACAUAUACCUAGGAGCCAAUAUUGCGACUGGUGAAGAGGUGGCCAUCAAACUGGAAUGUGUCAAAACCAAGCAUCCCCAGCUCCACAUUGAAAGCAAGUUCUACAAGAUGAUGCAGGGAGGAGUGGGCAUCCCCUCCAUUAAGUGGUGCGGAGCAGAGGGGGACUAUAAUGUGAUGGUGAUGGAGCUCUUGGGGCCUAGCCUAGAAGAUCUCUUCAACUUCUGUUCCCGCAAAUUUAGUCUCAAGACGGUUCUGCUCCUGGCAGACCAGAUGAUCAGCCGUAUUGAGUACAUUCAUUCCAAGAACUUCAUCCACCGGGAUGUGAAGCCAGACAACUUUCUUAUGGGCCUCGGCAAAAAAGGCAACCUAGUAUACAUCAUUGAUUUUGGUUUGGCUAAGAAGUACCGAGAUGCCCGGACCCACCAGCACAUCCCUUACCGGGAAAACAAGAAUCUGACUGGCACAGCCCGUUAUGCCUCUAUCAACACCCAUCUGGGAAUCGAACAAAGUCGUCGUGAUGACCUGGAGAGCCUGGGCUACGUGCUCAUGUAUUUCAACCUGGGCUCACUGCCCUGGCAGGGCCUCAAGGCUGCCACCAAGCGCCAAAAGUAUGAGAGGAUCAGCGAGAAAAAGAUGUCAACGCCCAUUGAAGUGCUCUGCAAAGGGUACCCUUCUGAGUUCUCGACAUACCUCAACUUCUGCCGCUCACUGAGAUUUGAUGAUAAACCUGACUACUCGUACCUGCGGCAACUCUUCCGCAACCUCUUCCACCGCCAAGGCUUCUCCUACGACUAUGUCUUUGACUGGAACAUGCUUAAAUUUGGAGCAGCCCGGAACCCUGAGGAUAUGGAUCGGGAGCGGCGAGAGCACGAACGAGAAGAGAGGAUGGGGCAGCUCCGGGGGUCAGCCACACGAGCGCUGCCCCCUGGCCCGCCUGCUGGAGCCACUGCCAACCGUCUUCGCAAUGUCACUGAGCCCAUGGCCUCCACCCCCGCCUCCCGAAUCCAGCAGUCUGGAAACACGUCCCCCAGAGCAAUCUCAAGAGUGGACAGGGAGCGAAAGGUCAGCAUGAGGUUACACCGAGGGGCUCCUGCCAAUGUCUCCUCAUCUGACCUCACAGGACGGCAAGAAGUGUCACGGAUUUCAGCAUCACAGACAAGUGUGCCAUUUGAUCACCUUGGGAAGUGAGGAGCAAUUGCCACUGGACCAGUGUUUGCUUAGUGUCUUCACUGUAUUUUUCUUUCAAAAAAACAAAAAACCCCAAAAAACAAACAAAAAAACCCAAAAAAGAUGAAAAACAAACAAAAAAAAAACCUGACAGAAUUUCUUUUUGCCAACAACGAGGAGUUGAGCCCCUGCACUGGUGUGAGCCGUUUCCGAAGGGGCCACCUUCAUCCCCCAGCGCGAGCGCCUCCGAGAAGCUGAC